AUCGGACGCUGGCUACCGGCGCGAUAGUUGACGGCGCGUUCGUUGGAAGAUGGCGGAGACUAAUAGUGUUUCAGAUGAGGUGUUUAACCCUCCGGUGUCCCUGCAAGCGCAGGCUCAUAUCAAAACUAUGCAAGAAUACGAAGAACUUUACAGAGAAUCUAUCGAUGAUCCAGAGUCGUUUUGGAAGCGAAUUUAUGAAACCUUUUACUGGAAAUCGCCGCCGACUGGACCCUUCUUGGAUUACAAUUUCGAUAUACGGAAGGGUCCGAUUUCUAUCAAAUGGCUAGCAGGAGCACAGACGAAUAUUUGCUACAAUAUUCUUGACAGAAACGUUGAAAAUGGGCUUGGCGACAAAGUGGCAUUUUAUUGGGAAGGCAACAACCCAGGUGAUGACGGAAAGAUAACCUAUUCCGAGCUUCUGGUGCAAGUGUGCAAGUUUGCCAAUGUGCUCAAGGACUUAGGAGUCGGUGUGGGGGACAGAAUCGCUAUCUACAUGCCGAUGAUCCCAGAACUGACAGUUGCCAUGCUGGCGUGUGCUCGUAUUGGUGCUAUUCAUUCCAUUGUGUUUGCUGGGUAUUCAUCAGAAUCACUGGCAGAUCGCAUCCUUGACGCAGAGUGUUGUGCAAUUGUCACUGCAGAUGGAGUUUGGCGUGGCAACAAACUACUCAAUUUGAAAAAUAUUGUCGACAGAGCAAUGUCCUUGUGUGAAAAAAGAAACCACCUUGUGAAUAAGUGUGUUGUGGUACGACAUCUGGGUCCAAAAUGUGAAAAUCUGGUUGAUGGUAUGAUUAGCAACAACCUGUGUGAAGAAAGUCAGCUAGGAAAACGUCCAGUCCAUGGCUUCAAGAUUAGCUGGCAAGAUGGACGGGACAUCUGGUGGCAUGAUUUAAUGGGCACAGUAGACAGUGUGUGUGAGCCAGUCUGGAUGGAUGCUGAAGACCCCUUGUUCAUGUUAUACACAAGCGGAUCAACAGGCAUUCCCAAGGGUGUCCUCCACACAACUGGGGGCUAUAUGAUGUAUGCCACAGCCACUUUCAAGUACACCUUUGACUUCCACCCUGACGAUAUUUACUGGUGCACUGCAGACAUUGGCUGGAUCACUGGCCACACCUAUGUCACCUAUGGACCACUUGCUAAUGGAGCUACAAGUGUCAUGUUUGAAGGUACACCAUUUUAUCCAGAUGCGGGCCGUUUCUGGGCCAUAGUGGACAAAUACAAAGUCAACACAUUCUAUACAGCUCCAACAGCCAUUAGAUCACUAAUGAAGUUUGGGGAUGAGUUUGUCACCAAGUACAGCCGUUCAUCAUUGAGAAUCUUGGGUACUGUGGGGGAACCCAUUAACCCAGAGGCAUGGCUGUGGUACCAUCGUGUUGUAGGCAAUUCCACAUGUGCUAUUGUGGACACCUUUUGGCAGACUGAAACGGGAGGUCAUGUCAUCACACCUUUGCCUGGCGCCACACCUACGAAGCCUGGCUCAGCCACAUUCCCAUUCUUUGGUAUUUUGCCUACAAUUCUGUCUGAAGAAGGACAUGAGAUUAAGGGAACUGGAGAGGGAUACUUGGUUUUCAAACAGCCAUGGCCUGGUAUCAUGCGUACUGUGCAUGGAGACCAUGAGAGGUUUGAGACAACUUACUUCAAGAAGUUCCCAGGCUACUACUGCACAGGAGAUGGAGCCCACAGAGACAAAGAUGGCUACCUCUGGAUAACAGGUCGCAUCGACGAUCUGGUGAAUGUUUCUGGGCAUCUUCUCUCCACAGCAGAAGUGGAGUCAGCCCUAAUAGAACACCACUCUGUGGCUGAGGCAGCCUCUGUCUCUCAUCCUCAUCCUAUCAAAGGAGAAUGUAUCUACUGCUUUGUUACAUUAAAAGAGGGACACAACUUAACUGAUGAACUCGUGAUGGAGCUGAAGAACAAAGUGAGACAUAAAAUAGGACCCUUUGCCCAGCCUGACUUCAUUCAGAAUGCCCCAGCCUUGCCAAAGACAAGGUCAGGAAAGAUAAUGCGGCGCAUACUUCGCAAAAUUGCAAGAGGAGACAGAGACUUGGGUGACACGUCCACUCUGGCAGAUGAAAGCGUCAUUGAUGUACUGUUCAAAUAUCGUGCCCAAGAUGCCUAGUUAAUGUGUGUGAUGGUUCGAAGGUGUGUUCACUGCCUUCGGACUGUGGCUUUUAUAAGAGGUGGUAAGCUCCACAGGCUUUAAGUUAUUCAGCUUCAUCCCAUUCCCUUAAAUUGUCACUUACAUAUGACCAAAACCAACCCUAACCUAGACCACCUAAAGAGUGGCAUGUUUGUAGUUGUUUUUGCCUGUAAAUAUUUAGUAAUCUAAUGCCAUGGGUAAAGUUGUUGUCGUAUAUGUGCAAUUAUCUUUUUCUUGUGAUGAUAAUCAGUUUGUUAGUAAUGUUUAAAUCACAAGCCCAGAAAAUUGGCCUGCUUAUCAGAUCUCUAUCAGAAGUUUGUGUUCUAGCAAGAAGGCAGCAUGUCAGAGAGACUAUCAUAAAGACAUAUCAUGACAACCAGGUCUAAGUGCAACAUUGGAAAAUUAAUCUGAUGAAUCAAAUUUAACAAAUCUGAGCAGUUUCCUUACAAUUCUACAAUCUUUAUCUUUGACAUCUUGCUGCCUUUCUGUCUUUGCUGCAGCUUAUGCCUUUAGAGCUGUAAGCUACGUUAGAUACAUGAAUAUGAGCAUUGCUGAAUCUCUCCACAUUCUGGUUGUGAGUUUUUUGCAUAUCUAUAGGUUUUAAUCCACCUUAUUUUGUCAUGAUAUGCUGUAAUUUUCUUUUUGAAAUACUCAGUAACAUGUUGUCUCCAUCCUUACCCCUACCCCCUGUGCAUUUCCACUAUAACCACUGCUAAGGUCAUUUCUGACAACCCUGAUGUUUAAAGUGUGCUAGGCUUCACAAAAACUUGAUGAGUGGCCAUGUAACAUUUGAAAUUUUUUGACUCAGUUUGAUCAUUAACAUUUAGCAUUUGAUAUAUGCUCCACACAAUUUCGGAGUUAUAUUUGAAAUGUGCAUGUUUUACUUUGGUUUACUUUUAAGAGUACUGCACAAAAAAACAAAACACACAGGAACAAAAGUUUUAUCAGAAACAAAAUUUUUAUCAGAAAGUUUACUGCGUUUUUAAAGUGUGAAGCAUUGUUAUUGGCUGUACUCUAUGGUACCAUUGUGAUCAGGGUUAAGGUUACCGAAAAUGUGAUCUUUCUUUACUGAAAUCCUUUACAAGCAAUUUUUGUGUGUGUGCUGUACAAUUUUUGACCUAAGUUAUGUUUCUCCUAUUGUCUUUAUUGCGGAGGUUUUUUAAAACUUAAAUUUUGUUCUUGCAAAUAUGGUCAGCAUUGUGAAAUUUGCAUUUGUUUGUGCCAGUAGGUGUUACUGUUGACUUCAUAUAGUGCUACUUGCACUGCGUAGUGAGAUCCCAGGAGGCUAUUGUUUUACAUCUCAGAGAAUCUAGUCUGUACGCAAAAUGCAAGUGGUUAAACCUGCUGCAAAUAGUGGAUGUGAUUUGAGUUUUGCACCACUGUGAAAGUUUUAUAGGUCACUUUACAUGAUCUUUCUUGAAACUUGAGGAUGUCUUUCCAAAUGGAGCUCUUAUUUCUUAUUUUAUUUGUCAUGGCCUGAACGAUGAGUUCUUGGGAAAUUGGUUUCUUAUUUGAGGGUUAGUUGAUUUUCUUUUAUUGGACAUGAUUUCCUGAGGGACAUUUUCAUACUUACAUAAUCAAAUUUUGUUCCACUUCUAAGUAUAGCUGCCUCAUUAAGUACCUUCAAAGACAAAUACAUACUCAGAUUUUUUGGUGGGUGUUGGAUUGCUUUGUAAUCACAGGCUCAGUUUCUUGGUCUUUUGGUGAUUUGUUGGGUUUGUCUUCCUUCUACCCUACCCUUCCACUUUGAAAUUUAGGGUAGGGUACAAGUUUACACAUAAAACAGACUUAGAUUUUGUUGGGAACUGUCAGAGGAACCAACAAUAACAUAAAGGAAGCAUUAAUGAUGCUGGUGAUGUUCACAAGCAAGAGGCACAAAUAUUUCCAGAUGUAGCAUCUUUCUCAGUGAUAUUAUUCUGAUCAUAUACUCAUGUUUAUUCUUGCCGACAGUUAGGCUACAUGUAGUUGCAGUAAUCUCAUUUGAUGAAGCCCUAAGUUAUUUUCAUGAAAAUAACAUUUUGUUUGCUUACAUUUUGUUUUAUGAUGUGCAUGCUGUUUUUGUGUGAUUAUUAACUAUGUUUUUAAAUUGAGGUUCAAAACAGAGAAGUUAUAAUGAUACAGUCCUAUGUCAGGAAAAUGUGUUACAGUUGAUAUGGACCACUGUGUUCUGUAUCAACACAUGUUCUUGAAACAUGCUACAUGUACAUCGAUCUAUGAUGAAGAGCAUGUUGGGACAGGUAUCUGUUUCACCACAUUUCCUCUUACAACUGGAGAGUUGUUCCACAAGUUUGUAAACUUUUCUAAAGGCAUUAGAGUUCAAAACCAUGGUCUUGUAACAAAAUUUGGUAGCUUUUUCAUUACCACUUUUGACCCAAGCUACAUCAGAGUAUGUACGUACCCUAUUACCAGUACGGCUGCCCCAUAUAACUUUGGUACAGUUAUCAACAGCAUGCCCUACUGUAGGUAAAGGUAAGAUAAAGGUCAUCCCCUAACCUUUUCAGGUUGUUGGGGGCAAGGUGUUAGAGACCUCACUUUUCUGGGGGCCAGCUUUACGUGAGGGUGGUGCCCAUCUCUUCCUCGCUGCUUUAUCUUCCCCACUAUGGAGUCAGGUACCCAUUCCCACCAACUGGGGAAAGUUUUUGCUAGUUGGGUAUUGUAACAGCUCGUUGUUGGUUUGGAUACAAGCACUCUAACCACUUGGCUUUCUGCUUCCUUACAAUACCAUUAGAUGACUGUACCUUGAUGCAUCAUUAGUGACUGCUUAGAUGGCUGCAGCAUAUUCAUGCUCUCUUUAUUGUGUAACUUUGUCUCACACUAUUUAACUGUCUCUUUGACUUUUGUGUUCAUUUCAUGUAAAGAAAAAUAUAUUUCCAAGUAUGCUUCUUUUAGCAGGAAAAGAGUAGUUUAAUGUAUGCAGAAAUACAUUCACAGCAUUUUGAUGUCCUUGUGCUACUUUUGUGUUCAUAGACUUAAGAUACUGGGAACAUUCUGUGCAUUAUUUUCUAGAUUUUCCAUGUACAUCUUUUUUCAGGUUCAUUAUAAACUAAUGUCUCAUUAUUUUGAAGUGUACUUUAAAAGUCUUCUUGAGUUAUUGUCACUUCUUAUUGCCGUGAAGAUUUAAUACUUGAUAAAUCUUAGUACGAAAACUCAUUUCCCACUUCCUUACACAAAAUAAAUUGGCAACCUUAGUUUAAAUGCACAUAAAGAUGAUGUUUAGUUGUAUCUGAAGCAUUAACAGACACCUGAAAGGGACACAAUUUAUCCAUAGGCAGACCAGUGCAUUUUGUGUGUCAUUCGCAGACAUUUACAAGAGGAUCUCUUCGUAAAUUGUGUCAGAUCUGUGGUUUAGCCAUUGUGAUGUUUGAAUGUCCUUAAGGUCUUGUUUUCUUUGUAAAUUGUGAAGCUGGUGCUGGUAUGAAAUUAUGAGUUGAUAUGUGACUGACUUAGGUGCAGUAGCUGUGGGUGCACUGACCCUAUUCUGCAGCUGUCGGCAUGUCAUCACUUUUGUACCUUGACAGGUUCUCUUAACAUGCCUUGAAUUCUGUGUCAUACCAAAUAAAUUUAAAUAAUAGUAAUCAACAUCAAUAUGUAUUUUAAAAAAACAUGCCCGUUACUUGAUAUAUUGCAUGUUUGUUUUUUGUUUUUUUUGUGUCAAAACAGAAUUAUAAAUCACGUAAGUUCAGAAUCACAUCAACAGAAAUAUCAAUAAUCAAACUUAAUUUGAAUGGGUUGUGUAUUCUUGCAUGCUUUAUUGAUGAAAACAAGCGCUGGCUUUAAGAGGAAGAAGCAGCUAUGGUGUAAGCCUGUUAGAAUAUGCUUUGCAACAUCCUCUUAUGUAAAAACUUUUACUUGGGAGAACUAGCUUGCUUGCUUAUAGAGCUAUUAGGUUUCUUGUAACAAAAUCUUAGAUCCAUUUUCCAUACCAGUUGUGGUUUUUUUUUUAGAUCAUGCAUGUGCACAUAAUAGAUAUGCUUAAAUGUCUGAAAAACCACAGGGCUGUCUACUACAGAACAAUAAUGCUUCUUUUAACAUUCAGUUUCUAGCCAGUUGGUGGCACAUUACGCUUGUUCCUUUAUUUCAUAAGAUUUUUCUUAGAAAAAAUGUACUCAAGAAAGUUAUUUAAUGAUUUCUAUGAAGUUUACUUUAUCUAGGUGUCCAUGAUGCUGUAGGUAAUUUGUGUGAUGUAGAACAAUUUGCCAAAGCUAAGUUAUUUACUUUUAUGGAUUCAAUUAUAUGCAAUAUAUGUCUCCACAACUAUGCUCGGAAAUGGUACUUAAAUUUAGCUGAUGCUGUGAUGUUAAAUACUAUUUUAUCAGUUUUUCUUCCUCAAAGAAAUGGUCACUAGUAGAUAGUACUUUUGCAUGUGCAUUGUUGUAAUAUAAUGAAUGCAACUUUUUAGAGUGAAAGAUCUUUAUGCUGAUUUGGAAAAAAAAAAUUGAAAUCUGCACAAAAUGAUCGAGUUUAAAUUGUAUCAAGUGAAUAUUGUUACCGACAAUGUGAUUGUACCAAAUCAGUCACAACAGGGGAAUAAGCUAUUGAUCAGUACAUUUGACUUAAGAGCAAAGGGUUGCUCUGUCAAAGCCUGGGGUUGGGAAAAUCCCUCUAACCACCCAGCAGCUGAUUGAUCAGCAGAGGUAAAUAUUGCAGGAGAGGGUGCUUUCCAUCUUCCACAUGCUGUACCCUAGACACAAUAGACCACUCCCUCUAGGGUCUCUAAGUUAAGCCAUUACCAUUACUCAGUAAUGACUCGAUAAUUCAUAGGCAAGAGAAAGUGCUAAUCAGACCAGGUGGAGGUUUGUUUUUUUGUUUAGAGAGAAGGUAAUUAAGGCAUAUUGGUAUGAGCUAAAUGCAGAUUUCAACAGGCAUGAGUAAAAUGUUUUUCAAUUUUCUGACUUUUUGAGGGGUUAGAAAACAUUCCAUGGGAGUAGAGGACUCCUGUAUUUUGGGGGAGAUAAUAUAGCACUAGGAUGAGUUGAUGUAUGUUUAAAAAAAAGUAUGUAAGAUGAAGUAACAUGCACCAAGUAUUGAUUGGCAUUCUGUUCAGAGACAAGUGUUAUGUGGCUUCAUAUUCCUCAAUUUUUUUAAAAAAGAAGAGAAAAUUGAUAUCAAUUUACAAAAGUAGUUGUGACUUGUUAAUUGUGGAAAAUGCUUUAUAUCUUAUGCGAUUUCAGCUAGAAAGUUUGUUGUUAAACAGGAAUUUGUGCAAAAUGAGAUGUGCAGGUGAAAGGUACUGACAAAAUGCCUUUUUUUUUUAAGAAUGAAAAUAUACAGAUCUGGGGAGGUCCAGUUUGUAAAAUAGAAUGAAAUAUAUUUGAUAACAAUAUUAAUAUUGAACAGUGUGUGCAUAGAUUGGCAGAAAUUAAUGUGCAUGUUUAUAGUUAAAUGGACCACAUCUGCAGAUUUUUAAUAUGCUAUAAAUCUAACAUAAGUAUAUAUAAGUUAAAGGUUUCUGUAGAUUUUCAAUAUUCCACAAAGUAUAAGUUUGAUUUUAUGUAAUAAAGUUAUUCGAAAGUUU